GCGUCGCGUGCGUCCCGUAGGCUUUUAUUCCCCUCUACUGGUUUUACGUUAGCGUUACAUUUGCUGACGCCAAAUGCAUCUUCCAUGAAGUUACUCCAACCCGCCCGGGGUUUAUUAUCGUAUGUAUUGGUGUCAGUGUGCUAAAUUAACUAAUCUGGUUUUUCACACUACCAAAUUAAGGCAACAAGUCACUGGCGAGGGAGCGCCUUUCCUCGGGAUGAAUACAUUUGUAUCUUAUUUUAUCCCAGGCCAAAUUAAUCGAGCUGAAGCAAAAAUAAAUCCAGGCUGACGAGCCGAACGCCGAUCAUCACUCUGAGCAAACAUGGCGGAUGACAAGGAUCCUCUGAAACAGUUAAAAGACCUGACGCGGCUCAAAAACCAGUUGGAGGAGAUCCAGAGGCGCGUGGAGAACGAGGUUUCUGUAGGAAUCCCUCAGGGAGGCUCAGUGUUGGGAUCGCCAUUUCUGAAAGGCUUUCUGGCUGGCUAUGUGGUAGCCAAGCUACGCUCCUCUGCCUUCCUGGGAGUGCUGCUGGGAACAAUCACUGGCAUUUACGCGGCACAGAACUACCAAGUGCCCAACGUUGAAAGGACUUUGAAAGAAUAUAUUAACAGCUGUAAAAAAGGACCAAAAUGAUUCGGGCUGACUGCUAGACUGGUCAGUGACUGAAAGGGCACAAGAGACAGAAAUACUGCUGCUGUCUUGUCAGUGGCUUGUGACGGACCAGCCUUCAAGACUGGACUAUGCAUUUAAUGAUACAACUGAAAUUUCAUUGAGACAUCAAAGUAUUGGCCUGAUGUUUUUUAUUUGCAUAUUGCUUUGUGGGUUCAGUUAAAUACUGCCGUUUCAUUUCCGCUUGUGUCGGUGUGACAUUAACACUGAGUGGAAGACUUUGAUCCUACAAUGUUUUAAUGUUUUGAUCAGAUUUCUCACAUUUCCAGCAAAUGUCUCAUACACUUAUUGCUCCCAUCAAAAUACAUACUCAAAGUUAUACAGAGAAUAAUGCAGAAGUAAUUUAGAAUAGAUAUUUGAAUGGUUGAGAUUCUUUUUCUUUUUUUGCACUAUAACUAGUAGAGAAAAUUGUUUAUUUUGAAUCAUUGAGGAUGAUUGUGAUCCAGAAUGUGGGGCCCAGUUCCCCAGCAAGGAUUAGGAGACAGUGGAGGAGAAGGAUUCUGUGGGGUGUCCUGUUUGGGCUGAUGGUCCUUAUCUAUGGCUCUCAUGCACCACUCAUUGCUCUCACCAAGGUAGACGGCCAAGUCCCUUUCAACCCCUCCUCAUGUGUUUUAAUGAUCGAGUUAUCCAAACUCUUGAUUUCUCUGGCGACUCUCGUGUCAACCGGGGGUACGUCCACCUUACAUGCGGCUCCACCUCUAGUCCGUGUGGCCCCCUAUGCAGUCCCUGCGAUACUCUACGCCCUCAACAACAACCUGGUAGUUCUCAUGCAGGACUACAUGGACCCCAGCUCAUACCAAGUCCUUUCGAACCUGAAAAUUGCCUCCACGGCCCUGUUGUACUCCUUCUGCCUGAGCAAGAGGCUCCGGCCUUCUCAGUGGUUGGCCCUGGGGCUCCUCAUGGCUGCAGGGGUGUGUCACAGCUACAGCAGCCUGGAUCUAGGGGACCGUGAGAGGGCGGAAGCUGAGGAAGGUCCCAGGCUUCAUAUCACAGUGUGGGGUAUUUUCCUUGUGCUGGUGUACUGCUUGGUUUCAGGGCUUGCAGCAGUUUACACAGAGAGGGUGCUAAAGAGCCAGAAGCUGCCCCUCAGCUUGCAGAAUAUCUACCUCUAUGUGUUUGGUGUGGCUAUAAAUGGGAUCUCCUCCUUCUCAUUUGUAGUAGGUGAAAAGAGCUUUCUGGAGGGAUACUCUGGGGUGGUUUGGGCCAUCAUAGCAGGGCAGGCAGCUAACGGACUUCUGAUGUCUGUGGUGCUCAAGCACGGCAGUGGGAUCACCAGACUGUUUGUCAUUUCCUGCUCCAUGUUGGUGAACGCUCUGUUGUCUUGGGCCAUCUUGGGGCUGCAGCUCACACCCUUUUUCCUCCUCCCCAUUUCUAUGAUUGGACUGGCAGCUUUCAUGUACUACAGAUAGUUAAUGGCUGAACCACAAGGCCCGUUGAACUCAUUACAGUCUGUGCAUUUUUUUUCUAGUUUUUUCAGAUGUGAUUUGUUUUCUGAUCCAGAAUCCAAUGCAUAUUUUUAUUUGUAACAAACCAUAUCAUGUGAACAUUUGUCAGCUGAACCCUACUUUGACAAAUAACAAGUUUUUUUUUAAUUUAAUUCACAUUUUUUUACACUGAUGCAAUCAAACUAAAAUAAAUCAGGAUUAUCGUAUCUUCAGUGAAACAUUUCUGAAGAGUGCUGCUAGUAUACUUUUUGUAUUUCAUUCUCUGCCAAGAACAAUGUCAAAGUGUGUUCAUGAUAACCAAUAAACUGUCAAAAACUA